UGACAGCAGUGAUAUAAAAAGGCGAGUAUUUGAGACAGGAGAGCGAGAGACCAGCCGGUUCUUCUACAGAUAAAGAUCUCUGUACAAAGAUCUCCUCCUGUGAUCAUCUCACAUCUUCUACUGAACUCCAACAUCAAGCUCCAGCAGCUUGUGAUUUCUGCUCUCCUGAGAUCAACAUCACACACUCUUCCUCACCACACACUCCUCCAUCGUGUGUCAGGAUGCAGCUCCUCGCUCUGGUGCUCCUGCUCUCCUCUCUCUCCUCACUGACCCUGACGGAGGUUGUUAAUUCUUUUAAACAAUCCUGUCCUAACUUCUUCAUCCGGAACCCGAAAACAACAAAUGACUUCAUCGUCCCCACUAUUUUCCCUGGACAACAGUAUAAGAAGAUUUGCCAGCGCUGGGACAACAGCUACAGGUUUGCCACCGUGUACGACACUGUGAGGAGGAUCCCUGUUUACUCGGCCUACACACUCUUACAGGCAGGAAAGACUGUCCGCAGAGAUGAGUGGAAAAUUGAGCCUCAGCUGGAAGAUAUUGAAGAAUAUAAAGACUCGAAAGAGAUGAUUGAUUCCCCGAGUACAGCAUCAAAGACAUUUAACCAGGCCGUGUACUCUGAUUAUUCAUGUACAGGGUUUACUAGAGGUCAAGUGUUUCCAUGUCGGUUUACUGCUGAUCAGGAACAAGCAGAUUCCACGUUCGCUUUAACUAACAUAGCUCCACAAGCACCAGCCAGCAACGAAAAAUGGGUUAAACGGGUGGAGACCCCGAUGCUUAAUGACAUAAAUAAAAGCUGCAAACGUGACAAAAAUCACCUAGUGUACAUUGUGACCGGAGUCGUCCCAGGGAGGAACUGGAUGAACAUGACAAGAGAUGGAAGAGAAUAUCAAGAAGGAAUUAACAUUCCCAGUCAUGCUUGGAGCGCUUAUUAUUGCCGCAAUAUAAAAGAUCCUAAUAAUUUCAUAGUGAAGGCCUACUUAGCUAAAAUGGAGAGUUUUAAUCUGAGACACCCCGACAUUAAUAGGCUGGAAUCAGAGCUCACUGAACUGUAUAAUGUUACGAAUAGGGAUGGUAAGGCAACACCCUUCUAUGUGUUUCCAGGAUUAGACUUAAACUUACGUAACAAAUCGUUUUUGUAAAAAAAAAAUCUGAUUAAUCAUCCACAGUUAGAAACAUUGAAAAAAAUCAUGUACUAAUUCAAGGCUUUUAUUUACAGCUAAUUACACACUCGGCUGGAUUAAUGAUAAUAUCUGAUCUGUUCUAGAGAGCAAUCUCUAUGGUUACGGUGUGUAUUGUUGGUGUGUUGUUUUAUCUCCAUCAUCACAAAAAGGGGUCCAGUCUGUGUGUCAGCAUAAAAUUAUUCACUAUGUUGAGCUUUAUAUUUCUUUAACACAUUUACACUCUUUUUGUGCUUUUUAAACAAUCCUGGUCAGUUUGCUGUUCUUGCAAUAAAAGCUUCUUUUAAACAAUGUGGAAAUAUAUUUUUAAAAUUUUAGUACAUUUAUUUCUGUUAAUUUUCUUGCAAGUCUUUAAUAAA